AUGUCGCCCGUCAACAUGCAGGCUGUAGGACCAUUCGCCCCGAGUGUUCUUAAACCUCGAAACAACAUAAUCGACAAAGACGAGAUGCUGAACCGGGCCAUCUACAGGCUUGUGGAAGAAGACGAGCAAUUGCGUGAGAUGAUGGAACCAAUCAGGUUCAAAGUCAAAGAAGAGCAUCGCUGGCUGAAGUUAGGGAAUCGCCUCAAGGAGGUUGAGAAGGAGCUGAAGGAGCUGCGUGAUAUGGCUGCUGCCGAGGAGAAGAAGCGCCAGGCAGAAAAAGCUGCCUUUGAUAAGCAGCGUACUGUCGAGGCCGAGAAGAAGCGACAGGAAGAAAAGGCUGUCGCCGAAAUGAAGCGCGCUUCGGAGAAAGCGGCCGCCGAGCAAAGGCGCAAAGACGAACUCCUGAAGCGAAAAGAGGAGGAAAAAAAGGCUUUGCAGGCUCAGCUGGCUACGGAACAGAAGCGCAGGGCGGAGGCGGACGCAGCCAUUAAGAAAGUCAAAGAGGAGUGGGCAGCCUCUGAGGAGAAGAAACGGCAACAGCUCAUCAAGAAAGCCGAUGAGGAGAUCCAGUUGUUGAACGCUGAGCUUGCAGAGACGAAGAAGCAUGCGGACUUGUUUGCCAGCUACGAACGCGAAAGGGCCGUAGAGGAGGCUCGUAAGAAGCUGGAGGCUGCAAAGAGGCGUCUCAAGCUCGAAUAUGACGAAUGGCGCAGAAAGAGUUAUGAAGCUUGGAAAGUCCAGGAUCGCGAACGCCAAAAAGUCGAAGAGGAGAACCUGAGGCGCGAUGCUCGAAAGAAAAAGGAGGCUUCUGAUGCCAGAAAGAAGGCGGAACAACAGACCUCAUCGGCGCAGAGACCGAAGGAGGUGUCGUUUGAUAUCCCCCGCAACCAAACUUACGAUAACCGCUCUGCUCCAAAGACCUACCAGCGUCCUGAGCAGCACGAUGUCAGACAUGCCGAUAAGGGAACCCACCAGAGGGAUCACCAUGCUUCCCACAGUCACUUUCAUCCUCAGAAUGGACAACCCGAUUUUCAUCCUCGGGACGCUUCUCGGCCAAAGGAUUCAGUGCCGGAGCAACACCUCUCCUCUCCUCACUAUCCAAAGUAUCACCAUGAAGGUGUACAUCCUCCAACCUUUGGCGUUUCUCCACGCAAUCAGAAAGCUCCAGUAGGACUUUCCGGUAUGCCGGCUGGCUCCUCCACUGCCUCUCAAUUCCCAGCUGCCGCUCCAUGGGAAGAGAAGAAUUGGAGCAGUAACAACUACCCAGCUGCUGAUGGAGCAUGGGAGCACUCGCAUCGUAAUGUGCCGAGCCAGAACCCUUCGUCCACUGAAAGGAAAUGGUCCACACCAAAGGUUUCUACCUGGAAAGGGCCUGCUCAAGAAUCUAAGGCCAUGGACGAGAACCAUUUUAUCUCACCCGCUCAUGUUACCCGAUUGGAAUCGCCAAAGGAGAAAUGGCCAUUGCCGCCCUCCCCUCGCAUUUCGAAUGAGUCCAAAGGGUGGGACGUGCCUAGCGACCAGCUUCAGGAGACCGAGGAGAACAAGCUUCGCCGAGAGGUGGAAGAGUACAAGACAAAAUGCGCAAAGUUGGCCGCCGACUUAGAGAGAAAGCGACGAGUCACUGGCGCGGACAGUGUAGCGACCUGGCAGACAGGGACGAAGUCGAUUUGGGAAGAUCCAACCAAGCCCACAUCCCUGAGCAGCCCUAAGGACACUCCCAAGGACACCAACUAUGCUCCCCAAGGUCACCAGAGCGACGCCCCAUGGACACAGACUGCCAAAUCGUCCUCGAGCCGGCAUAAUGAGCGGAAUAGUCAGAGGGACAACAAGGGAAUAGGCUCCUUCAAAGAAUCCUCCAAGCCGACAUUCAAUGCUUCAAAUCCCCAUAGUCAGCAACCGAGUACCAGCAAGCAUUACUCAUCAAAGAGCAGACCAGAGCCUGUUGAUCGCAAAUCUGAGCGACCUGGAAGCAGGGCAAGCAUAGAAACCCGCUACUUCGAGGCCGAGGAGUAUAGAGACUCGGACAACGACACUCCCAAACCCAAAUUCUCCAACCGCGACACUCAAUUCAAAUGGCAGAAAGCCUCAGUGGAAUCCGCUCAACCAUACGUCCCCCCAACACCUCAUCGAUGCCCAUCCCCUCCUCCCAUACUUCCUCCGACACCUCCCCGAGGCUCAAGGAUUUCCACUCCAGCCACUCUCAAACUGGCUCCUAAAUCAAGGGCCGCCUUCAGGCAAGAAAUCCAGACCCCGAAGCUGACCGACAUCCCCGGCAGCUGGCGCGACGAUCUCCCUAACAAAAACUCCAACGAGAAUCGUUGGCCUGCCAACGUAUCGACGCCGAGUGUCAAAAACCUUCCCGUUGCCGUCAAACCGAAGGACAAAUUCAAGCCGGAGCGGUACAUCCCGCCCACCUAUGCGCCCAAAGAUGUACCUCCUCCCGGCUCUUACCUUUCGACGGACACUCGUUACCAGCAACCGGGCUACGGCCACCCGUUGACGCCCUACUACGGCAACCUAGCGGCCAUCCCACAGCCAGGCCCCGCGUACCCGAUCCACCAUCCCUUGUACGCCCCCAAUGUCCAGACCUUAACACACAGUAUGGAUGUGGAAGCUGGACCGUCAGGACAUGGUGGGCAAUUCGCAUCUUGGGCAGACCAGACGGCUGCUCAGAGUUUGGGAGUUAUCCAGGCGCCUCCAAGAAAGGAUAAGGGAAAGGGAAGAGCCCGUUAAUUGAUGGUGAUGAGUAGGAUCGGUUUGGGGAAUUUAGGUUACAGUGAACAUUCAGGAGUAUUGGUUCAAGAUGAUAUCCAGGGAGUUCGGCUGGUUGGUUGGUCGGUUCGAUAGGAACAGCGAUGAUAUCCGUGGAGGUCUGGAAUUGUUUUUAGCUUUCUGGUCCGGAGUUUCGAGGAUUGGAAUUAUGAUCGGUCAGUGGUUUUAAGAUCUGGAACGUAACGAAUGUUUCUCCGCUUAUGGUUUAGGAGUUUCGGUUUACAAAGAGGUUAUGGGAUAUAAC